AUGAGCUCGCCCAGAGAUGAGGGCGAGAAUCCCACCAGUCAGAACAAGGAAGAGGAAGAGGCGCAUUCGGACGGAGGAGCUGUUGAUGUCACAGAUGCGGACGUUCCAGACAUAGAAAACGAAGACCCUGAGGUUGACAAAGAGACUCCAGGGCAGUAUCGACUGCAGGAAGACAAUCACCGCCUCCAAGACGAAGAGACAGCGAGCGUCCUCGGACCCAACAGCGUAGAUGGCGUGGUACCCUUCCCCGGCGAAGAUGAUGUCCGAAGCACAGAUGACACCGUAUCAACGCCGUAUGAUUCCCGUUCUGUUCAAGAAUCGGUCUUGUCGUCGCCUCGCAGCGGAACCCCGUCGCUCCGCAGUCCGGCUCGACGAGGCAGUCCUUCACUUGCGCAUCGGCCAUUCGACACGAGAUUUCAGUCCCGACUAUCAGGCUCCCAUCUGUCACCCCUCCGCUCAAGCUCACCAGGCUUCCUGGGCGCACAUUCGCGUCAUUCAUCCCUUACGAGCUUUGUAGGUCUGGAAAGCUCGUCAGAGUUCGACGAAUCUAGCAGUCCGUGGGAUGUCAUACGCUGGAACAGAUACAAACGUAUAACAGGACAGACGUUCUCGGAAAUUGGGAGAAGAAACUUUGGGAAUCCCACUUGCCUGGCUGUGGCAGAUCAAGUCGUCAUAGGCACAUCUAAGGGCAUCGUCCUGGUAUUUGAUCACCAGCAAAAUCAUAAAGCCAUCAUUGGCAGCGGUACCAAGGCAUCAGAGAGUGGUGCAGUCACAGCACUUGCCAUCUCUGCAGACCACACGACCAUCGCCGUGGGACAUACCACUGGACACAUUUUCACCUGGGAGCUAGCCAGAUCAUCUCGACCCUUCCUUCAUAUCCUGCCAAUCGAUAAUUCACUUCCACAAGGAAGACGUGGAGAUGGGCACAUAAUCGGCAGUACUGUUCUCCAUAUCGGCUUCCUUGGGUAUCGGCAUACUGCACUCGUUUCCGCUGAUGACAAAGGCAUGGCCUUUUCGCAUCUUGCUACGCGAGGCAUGGGCGCUGUUAGCCGUGUGGUGCGCACAGCACGAAUCUUGGGACGAUAUCCAGAGGUUGUGACGCGGACAACAAAGCCACUGAAGAAAAGCUCUGUUCUCGCUUUCUCUCCUCUGCCUCUGGGGAACAUUGAGCAGCGGAGUGAUAACCUAGGGUUGGUGGCCAUGCUGACCCCCUAUCUGCUGGUUAUAGUUUCCACAACGCCAGUGGCACAAACCCAACAUAAAGCGGCUCGGCCAAAGGAGGUGGCUGCACAUAGCGCAAUGACUGCUGCUCUUGCUUGGUUUCCGGCUAUCAAAUUGAAAGGUGAGGAGUCCCGUACCUCUAGGACCAAACUAGUUUACGCUUGGUCAAAUAUAAUCACCGUUCUUGAAGUCCAUGAAGCGCCCCCUGAAGAGGGGGAUAGCAAGGACAAGCCUCCAGAAUUGCAAUUCCUAGCCAGAAGUCGAUAUCAAACCGAGGAGGCGGUGGUAGCGGUACAAUGGCUCAACAGAUCGGUCAUAGCCGUCCUGACCAUUACUCAACAACUACUCAUUAUCGAGGAUCACACAAUGCAUGUAACUGAGUCUUUCGACCUUCUCAAGAAGAAUAUUUAUCAUACCGACCUAUACUCCCAACAACUGCAGGCCAUUAUUGAAUCCCUGGAUGAAGAGGACACUUCAAUGCAUGGCGUAGUAGCGGACGCUUUUCAUAUGAGCUUUCGAGUUUAUAAAGGGAGGCUUUUUCUCCUGGGCUUCAAUGAUAUCUGGACAGGCGUUUUGACAAAUUGGGCAGACCGUUUAUUGGCUCUGAUGAAUGUUGGGGACUUUAUAGGAGCAAUCCGACUGGCAACCAAGUACUAUCUCGGUGAAGGUGAGAAAGCAACAAUAGGCUUACCCGAAGACGACGGGCUUCGGGCACCUUUAGUUCAGGAGAAGCUCAUCGAAAUGAUGACAGCCUCUCUGAAAUAUGCCUUUGGUAAAAACCAACAAGCCGGCAACGAGCCGAUCGAAAAGCCCCAGAUGAUUGAAUUGGCUGAUGCAUGUAUCAAGGCUUGCUUGACCAUGGAGGACCAAGACUUUCUCUUUGAAGAAGUCUUUUCCUGGUACGAUGACAACGAUCAUGGUCCAUUGUUUGUGGACAUAUUGGAGCCACACAUCCUGAAUGUGAAGGUUGUGUCCAUACCGCCGCCUGCUUUGAAAACUUUGAUCGACCACUUCGCUAUCACACAUACGCCGUCCGCACUGGAAGAAAUCAUCUGUAUGCUAGAUACUUCGACGAUGGACAUUGACCAAGUCACCGGCCUUUGCAAAAGGUACAAUCUCUACGACGCGUAUAUCUACGUUUGGACAACGGCACUGCACGAUUAUGAGAGCAUGUUGACAUUGCUGCUGGAUUUUGCCGAUUCUGCAAAUGAGGCCAAUCAACCGAACGGGAAUAUGGCUGAUCGAUAUACUACAGCGCAAAAGCUUUUCCCCUACAUAUCAUUCAUCUUGACAAGUCGCGUUUAUCCUACGGGUGCUGCUAUGGACGAAAACGAGGCAACGCUCGCAAAAGGUCAGAUAUAUGACUACUUCUUCUCUGGCAAUAACAAGCAUCGCGGACCAACACUAAAGCGGACGACUAGCUCGUUCGCGACCCUUUCGCGCAUUCUGCAUUUCGAUGCAGCGAGUUUCAUUGCGGCUCUCAACGAGGCUUUUGAGGACAGUUUUCUGAAUACCAGUGACGACGAUGGAUCAGCCCUAUUGAGCCUACGGCAGCCUUCCACCUCACGAAUAUACACACGCCAGUACGUGGUUCGCGUCAUGCUAGAAGUGAUGUCCUCCGGUUUCGAGCCCGAAGACACAAUUUAUCUCGAUAUGUUCAUUGCGCGAAAUCUGGCUAAAUAUCCUCAAUACAUGGUUCUCUCGGGCACUGUUCUCCAAGAGGUGUUUAAUCGACUGUGCCAAUACCCCGAGGAAGAUAUGCGGGAAGAUGCACAAUUGAGUGUGGAAUACCUUUUGUCUGUAUUCCAACCUCCAAACGCUCUCGAUCUCGUGUCACUCUUGCGAGAGGCGAGAUUCUACCGUGUUUUGAAGGCGGUGUUCAAGCAAGAAGGCAGGUAUGCUGAGAUGAUUCAGACAUAUUUCCUAGACGAAUAUGAUCAGGAAGCUGUCUAUUCUGCGCUGAGCGACUGUCUACGGCCCAGCUCCAAUCUUGAUGAAGAGCAACGCAAGGAAGUGCGGUCAGCAAUGGAACAGCACGCAGCUGACCUGGUGGGGAUUGAUAUACAGAAAACGGCCACGGUGGUCAAUGAAGUUGCCCCUGACCUACACAACCUAUUCCUAAGGGUUCUGGCGAACGAUCAGUAUGGACAAUACGAGUACCUCAAAUUCAUCCUUGAGCCAGAAGAAGAUCACCACAGGCAUGCAUCGACAGCGACAAAGCGGCUUCAAGAUAGCUACAUGUUAGAGUUGUAUGUCAAACUUCUCUGUCAAUUCGACCCUUCACAUGUGCGGGAAUACCUCGAGCACGUUCAAGGUGACCUUCGACUCGAUGAAGUCUUACCUACAAUGGAAGAAAGCGGAAUUAUCGAUGCUGUCGUCGUCUUGCAAGCUCGCGACGGCCGCUUUCGGGAAGCAAUGGAUCGCUUGGUCCGGCAUUUAUCCUUGUUGGGUGAGACACUCAAGGCCGCCACCUCUCGCUUAUCCUCAAGCCGGGAAAAUGGCGAUGGAGAUGACGGUGCUAGCAUACGUCGUCCAGUCACGGGCAUACUUGAGAACAUCCAAAAUUACACACUUGUGGGUGUAUGGUUAUGUCGUGAACAAGUGAAGAAUUCGCCUCGUCAAAGAGUUUCAAAGUCUCCUGGUCGGUUCCCAAAUCCAACAACCCCACUGACGUUCGAAGAGACGUUGUGGCUCGAUCUUAUGCUUGCCGUGGUCUCCAUUGCAAGAGGUAACACCAUCACGUCGAUCUCACGAAUGUCCAUGAAUGGCGCCCAGAACGAUGAGGUUGACAACGACGACGACGAUCGGGUCGAAAUUACAACGUCAUUGCGUGGAACGAUCCAAUCUGUCUUCACGGCUCUCUUAGCGAACACAACAUCGAAGCGCGACCUUGGCAAGUCUUCCAGGGGAUCUCACGAUUCUAGUCGAGACAUGACAUUUCUUCGAAUACUGCGAGCAUUCCUCACCCAGGCGGCACAGACAUCGCCAUCUCUUUCUGAGCUCCGUUCUGUACUGGCCAGUAUCUUCUCAGCGUACGCUUAUGAAGAGUCUUUACUCGCCCUGUCCAACUCGAUGCUUGAUAAAGACCUUUUUGUACAGCUUGAGCAUAUUGACAAGCUACGGCACCGCGGAUGGAGGCCUCGCGGGCAGAUUUGUGAAGUUUGCAGACGACGCGUCUGGGGCCCUGGUAUCGGGAUGAACUCCAACGUAUGGGAACAAUGGACAGCAAGAGAAGAAUCAAGAAGGGCCAGACGCUUGAGAAAGCCAAGUGUUGAGGAUCUGUCGGGAGAUGGAGGUGGAGACGUCGGAAGAGGCAAAGGUAAAGCUACUCGACGUGAACGGGGCGAUAGUGAUGCCGUUGCUUCUGGUGGCGGUAGAGGUAGUGAUGUGGCCUCUGUAACAGGACCAGGGCCGAUUGUGAUAUUUUCAUGCCGACAUCUAUAUCACAGGAGUUGUUUGCACCAGGAUCAAAGCCAAGUCGUCCCAUCAGAGCAAGGGCCUGGGGUUUUGGGAGAUGAGGCGCCUGACUUGGUUUGUCCUGCUUGUGCGUAG